UUCCAUUAAAACAAAUUUUUCGCGAAAUAAACAUUUACAAUUUAAAUCACAGCCAUGAGUACAAUUGGAACUGGUUAUGACUUGUCGGCAUCGCAGUUUUCGCCGGACGGUCGCGUUUUCCAAAUCGACUAUGCUUCCAAAGCCGUGGAGAAAAGUGGCACAGUUAUUGGAAUUCGUGGCAAGGACUGCGUUAUUCUUGCCGUUGAGAAAAUAAUAACCAGCAAAUUAUAUGAGCCCGAUGCCGCGGGACGCAUUUUCAUUGUUGAGAAGAACAUUGGCAUGGCCGUGGCUGGGCUGGUGGCCGACGGCAACUAUGUGGCUGAUAUUGCCCGCCAGGAGGCAGCAAAUUACCGUCAGCAGUUUGAGCAAGUGAUUCCUUUGAAGCACCUGUGCGACCGCGUGUCGGCCUACGUCCAUGCCUACACUUUGUACAGCGCAGUCCGCCCCUUUGGACUGUCUAUUAUCCUGGCCUCGUGGGAUGAAAAUGAUGGACCCCAACUCUACAAAAUUGAGCCAUCAGGCUCGUACUUUGGGUACUUUGCCUGCGCCAGUGGAAAGGCCAAGCAACAGGCCAAGACUGAGAUGGAAAAGUCCCGAUUUGUCGAUUUGAACACUGAGGAACUAGUUAAAAAGGCUGGUGAAAUAAUUUACCGCGUUCAUGAUGAGCUGAAGGACAAGGAAUUCCGUUUCGAAAUGGGUAUCGUGGGCAGUGAAACCCAGGGUAUUUAUCAAAUCAAUCCCGCGGUAUUGACUGAGUUAGCCAGAAAAGCCGGAGAAAAUGCUAAUAAGGAAGAUGACAGCGGUGAUGAGGCGAAUUAAUUUUUGUAUGGCAGUGAAUCUAAUUCUGGGCCCAAAAAUGUAACAUUAAUAUAUUUUAUAUUCGCCUAAUGAAUACAUAUAUGUGGGUUAAAACGA